GACGAAUACCUCAAAACAAUACAAACCAUAUACCUGAAGAUAUUGAUAACAUCCCCAGAUAAUUCGCCUAACAAGAUAAUUAUUCACAGACCUUUCAUAGGCUAACGACUUGGGCGGAUGAAAACAGUCCAAGUUAUAGGUCAGCCUCGCCAGUUGAUAUCCCUACGAAAGCAUCGACGUCUUGGUUCAAGGUGAAAGCCAUAAUGGCAAACUUGCUGGAAGUUCUUGGAAGGCGCUUCAAACACUCAAAAGGACCUAUUAAAAAUUCAAUCAUCCUUGUGAUAGUUUAUGGAUUUGAGGAAUUCAUAAGAACACAAUUGCUCAGAUGUCCCUGCAGAAAUUAUUUCAUGUACAGCCUCGUUAUGAUGAUAGGCCCCGCCCUCUUCCUUUUGGGCCUCGGUUUCAUGACGAGUGAAGGCUUUUGGCAGUCCAUACUCAAGACGAGUAGACUACAACAUGCCAACGAGAGAUGUAAUUACCGUAUGAAGUCGCUGUCUAAGCUUUUUCAGCCAUUUCUUCCACCCAUGGCGUACAUUACCAUCGCCUUAUUGCACGGAGACUUUCUCGUGUGUUCAAGCUUAGGCUCGUUUAGUGCAACUUGCUACAGCAAUAUUCCAGACACGAUUAUCUCACAGAAACCCACUGAGCGGAAUGUUCUUAAGCUGCACAUGCAGUCCCAGAUCCUUGGUUUCGGCAUCCUGAUCGCGGCCACUCUAUUUUCGCUGGGCCUCGUUUGCAUUCGGAGAUGCUGUUUUGAGGAUGAUACGCUUCCAAACCGUGACGACUUCAACGAACUCGAGAAAAAGAUACUCAGCAGGUUAUUCCACGAUAAACUACACGUUGUGGUGGAAGAAGACAUAAAGAAGAAGGUAAACGAGGCGUUUCAGCUUAGCAGAACCAGCAGAGAUGUGAGAGAAUCGUUUCACAAAGCCAAAGAAGCACUGACAGCUGUCAGUCAUCUUGACAACAGAAAUGGAAGAUACAAUCGAUUGGAUCUUGAUGAUGACGACACUGAGCUGCAGCUUAUGGAUUCCACGCAUCUGUGAUCUAUAAAUAAAUUCUCUUUAAUUUAAACAAUCUAGAUUGCAAGGCGGUGUCCUUACUACGCCGGAGAAAUUUCAAAACGCAGUUUUAUUUCUGCGGUUAGGACUACCGUCUGCACUAAUCCGUC